ACAUUUUGAUUGCAGCAGUGCAACUGGUCAGUGAUUUUCAUCGAAUGUGGUUUGUCUCAUUGUACCAGUGUGGGAGAGAUUUGAGUCUCACAAGCCAACUGUCAAGACACCUAUUUCAGUGAUUUAAGUUGAAAAAAUACCAACCAUAGCUGAUACUGGCUUUGUACCAGCAGACUGGCAGCAUACUCUAGAACAAACUGGCUACUGCUAUUCAUUGUGUGAUCAAUUGGACUUGACUCCCAGAAGAGCAAAAAUUCAAUAUUCAUUAAGAUGAAAGAAGAUGCCAUGAUGCAUAUUUCCAUGGAGCCCUCUGAUCUCAAGCAUAUGAAAAAUGGAUUGCCACUCACUAUGAAUGGAGUGGCAGCUACAAAUGGAGAGGUGAAGUAUCGAGGGCAUGAACAACCAGUUCUAAAUGACUCUGUCCAUCCAGCUUUUCCCCCUCCUGUUUCUUCUUCUGCAGCUCAGCCCUCUUCACAUCUAUGCGAAUCUCAUGAUGAGAUGUUUGAAGAACCUCCCUUGUUGAUUGCUUUCUUUACUUAUGUUGGAUAUGCUAUUCUUGUGAUAUUUGGCUACAUCAAGGAUUUCUACCGCAAGAUUGGACUAGUGAAUCAUCUCCAGACCACAGACCCAAGAGAGAAAGAGGGAUAUGUACCUCUUUAUUCAAGUUUUGAGAGCUUUUAUACACGAAACCUUUAUCGAGUGAUUCGAGAUUGCUUCAAUCGACCCAUCUGUAGCGUCCCUGGUGCUGAAAUUACUCUCAAGGAUCGUGUCUCUCAUGACUAUGGAUGGACUUUCCAGUUCACAGGCACAACAACACGCUGCAUCAACAUGGCCUCAUACAAUUACCUUGGGUUUGCUCAGAACUCUGGUCCCUGCUUUGAGGAGGCUAGGAAAUCAAUUCAUCAGUGGGGUAUUGGGAUGGCAUCCUCCCGAAAUGAAAGUGGAACCCUGGAAUUGCACGUUGAGCUGGAGAAGCAAGUGGCACAAUUCGUGGGGAAGGAGGAUGCAAUUACAUUUGGCAUGGGAUUUGCAACAAAUGCCCUAAACAUGCCAGGCUUGGUGAGCAAGGGUUGUCUCAUCAUCUCGGAUCAGUGUAAUCACGCUUCCUUGAUUCUCGGAGCUCGACUCAGUGGUGCUGCCAUUCAAGUUUUCAAGCACAAUGAUAUGGUGAGCUUGGAAGAAGUCCUGCGAAAUGCCAUCGUUCAGGGACAGCCACGAACUCAUCGUCCUUGGAAGAAGAUCCUCAUUGUGGUUGAAGGAAUCUACAGCAUGGAAGGAUCCAUUGUAAACCUACCAAGAAUCCUGGAACUCAAGAAGAAGUACAAGACAUAUGUAUACCUGGAUGAGGCACACAGCAUUGGUGCAAUGGGGCCCCGUGGGCGAGGGGUUGUUGACCACUUUGGGCUGGACCCAAAAGAUGUUGAUGUCAUGAUGGGGACAUUCACAAAAAGCUUUGGUUCUUCUGGUGGAUACAUUGCAGGAUCCAAAGAGCUGAUCGAUCAUUUGAGGACGGUAUCCCAUGCAGCAAUGUAUGCCACAUCCAUGUCCCCACCAGUCAUUCAGCAGAUUAUCACUUCCAUGAAGAUCAUCAUGGGAGAAGAUGGAACUCUUGAAGGCCAGAAAAGGAUCCGGCAGUUGGCAUUCAAUGCACGCUACUUCAGAGAGAAGCUGAAAGCCAUGGGGCUCAUUGUAUAUGGGCAUAAGGAGUCCCCAGUUGUCCCUGUUCUCCUCUAUAUGCCUGGAAAAAUUGCGUGUAUUAUACGGGAGAUGACAAAAGAGGGAGUGGCUGUUGUUGGAGUUGGUUUCCCUGCCACUCCUCUCAUUGAGUCUCGAGUUCGAUUCUGUUUAUCUGCCAGCCAUUCCAAGGAAAUGCUUGACAAGGUCUUGGAGAAGAUAGAUGUAGCAGCUGAUCUUCUAUCAAUGAGAUACUCCCGCCUCCAUCCAUAUAAUAAGCACUGAAAAGAAAGAGAGGAACUUGGAUAUCAGCUCUGCAGUGCCUUGAUUGUGAUGCUAAUAUUACUUUAUUUAAUGGAAGUUUAUGUGUUCUCCACAAGUUCUUCUGCCAUGCAUAUUCUGCCUUGUAGACAACAGUUCCCUUUUCUUAACCUCAAUUUUCCUGGUUCUCCUGGUUUUCCUGUUUCAGCCCUUCAUAUUUCAUUUAUGCCAUUCCUAAGAGUGCCAUCAGUGGUGGAAAUUUGCUUGGUUAGUAAUUGAGGAAUGUCUCUUCAUGUGGACUUGUGAGGUCUGACAUUCAUCAAUGCCUUCCUACACAGGUUUCUACCAUUGACAUUGCUCAGGAAAAUGUGGAACGAUGUGCAAAGUGAGUGUAAGCUUACUGCUAUAUGUGAGCUCGUGUUUGAUCGAUAUUCUCUCAUACCUACAUUAUAUGGACCAUCAAACCAAAGACUCCAUGGAUGUUGGGCCUAAAUGUUUCUUAUUCUUUUAUUCUUGUGCCUCAUCUAAGGAAGAGAAUCUGAUCUUUUAUGAGCAAAGGCACUGCCAAUGAUAGCCAUGCUUGAGUGCCUUUCAUUUUUGCAUGUUGCACAUUGUGAUGCUGAUGUGUUAUCAUUUCUUUGUGAUCAGGAGAGUUCUAUGGGGCAUUCUGAUCUGCCUCAAAUGUCACAUCAUCACAAAUGAAGUCAAUGUUGAUUCCUCA